GUCCGCCACCGGCUCUCGGAGGAGCGUAGAUGAAAGGAGCUGCUUCGGAAGCGCCGGCCGCAGCCCUCGUUCAUUUGUCCCCGUCCCCUUUCCACACAACAGUUGUGCCUCAUUAUCCGGUGGCCGCUCCGGUUUUCUUUCCCCUUUUUUUUGGAGGGUUUGAAGUUUCCGGGCUUCGGUGCCGGCUGCGAGGAAGAGGUGCUGGUGUGGCCGCGAGGGCCCGAUGAUCCGCAUUUAUGAAUGAAACUGACCCAGGUCACCUGUUACCUCCAGUUUGCAGAUUGUGUGAACUUCUGCGGCUGCACGACACCCGAGCGAGGAGCCACCGCGCCGGCAGCAUGGGCUGCUUCCCCCGGCUGGCCUGUCUCUUCUGGGGAGUGCUCCUCUCGGCGAGGGCAAACUAUCCAAACGGGAGGAACAAUGUGCCAAGGCUGAAAUUAUCCUAUAAAGAAAUGUUGGAAUCUAACAACGUGGUCACUUUCCACGGCUUGCCCAACAGUUCCAGUUACCACACCUUUCUCUUGGAUGAGGAACGGAGUAGGCUGUAUGUUGGAGCAAAGGAUCACAUAUUCUCAUUCAACCUCGUUAAUAUCAAGGAUUUUCAAAAGAUUGCGUGGCCUGUUUCUUACACAAGAAGAGAUGAAUGCAAGUGGGCUGGUAAAGAUAUCCUGAAAGAAUGUGCUAAUUUCAUCAAAGUGCUUAAGGCUUUUAAUCAAACUCACUUGUACGCCUGUGGAACCGGGGCUUUCCAUCCAAUUUGCACCUACAUUGAAAUUGGACAUCAUCCUGAGGAUAACAUUUUUAAAUUGGAAGAUUCACAUUUUGAAAAUGGCCGUGGAAAAAGUCCUUAUGACCCUAAACUACUGACAGCAUCUCUUUUAAUAGAUGGAGAAUUGUACUCUGGCACUGCUGCGGAUUUUAUGGGGCGAGAUUUUGCUAUCUUCAGAACUCUUGGACACCACCACCCCAUCAGAACAGAGCAGCAUGAUUCCAGGUGGCUCAAUGAUCCAAGGUUCAUUAGUGCCCACCUCAUCCCCGAGAGUGACAACCCUGAAGAUGACAAAGUCUAUUUUUUCUUCCGUGAAAAUGCAAUAGAUGGAGAACACUCUGGAAAAGCCACUCAUGCGAGAAUAGGUCAGAUAUGCAAGAACGAUUUUGGGGGGCACCGGAGUCUUGUGAAUAAAUGGACCACAUUCCUGAAAGCUCGCCUGAUAUGCUCAGUUCCAGGCCCAAAUGGAAUCGACACCCAUUUUGAUGAAUUACAGGAUGUAUUCCUAAUGAAUUCUAAAGAUCCUAAAAACCCAAUCGUGUAUGGAGUAUUUACAACUUCCAGUAACAUCUUCAAGGGAUCAGCAGUAUGCAUGUACAGCAUGAGUGAUGUGAGAAGAGUCUUCCUUGGACCAUAUGCCCACCGGGAUGGUCCCAACUAUCAAUGGGUACCUUAUCAAGGAAGAGUCCCCUACCCGCGGCCAGGAACUUGUCCCAGUAAAACAUUUGGUGGAUUUGAUUCUACAAAGGACCUCCCUGAUGAUGUUAUAACAUUUGCAAGGAGUCAUCCAGCCAUGUAUAAUCCAGUGUUUCCUAUUAAUAACCGCCCAAUCAUGAUCAAAACUGAUGUAAAUUAUCAGUUCACACAAAUUGUAGUAGAUCGAGUGGAUGCAGAAGAUGGCCAGUAUGAUGUCAUGUUUAUUGGAACAGAUGUUGGGACCGUUCUUAAAGUAGUUUCAAUUCCUAAGGAAACUUGGCAUGAUUUAGAAGAAGUUUUGCUUGAAGAAAUGACAGUUUUUCGGGAGCCAACCGCUAUUUCAGCAAUGGAACUUUCUACAAAGCAGCAACAGCUCUAUAUUGGCUCAGCUGCCGGGGUGGCCCAGCUGCCCUUGCACCGGUGUGAUGUUUAUGGAAAAGCCUGUGCAGAAUGCUGCCUCGCUCGCGACCCUUACUGUGCCUGGGAUGGGUCCUCGUGUUCUCGCUAUUUUCCCACUGCAAAGAGACGCACGAGACGACAAGAUAUAAGAAAUGGAGACCCACUGACCCACUGUUCAGACUUACAACAUCAUGAGAAUCACCAUGACCACAGCCUUGAAGCACGAAUCAUCUAUGGAGUAGAAAAUAGUAGCACGUUCCUGGAGUGCAGUCCGAAAUCACAGCGGGCCUUGGUCUACUGGCAAUUCCAGAGGCGAAACGAGGAGCGAAAGGAAGAGAUCAGAGUCGAUGAUCAUAUCAUCAGGACUGAACAAGGUCUUCUGCUGCGCAGCCUUCAGCGGAGAAAUGCAGGCCAUUACCUCUGUCAUGCCGUGGAGCAUGGCUUCAUGCAAACCCUGCUUAAGGUGACCUUGGAAGUCAUCGACACCGAGCAUUUGGAAGAACUUCUGCAGAAAGAUGAUGAUGGAGAUGGUUCUAAGACCAAAGAGCUGUCCAACAGCAUGACCCCGAGCCAGAAGGUCUGGUACAGGGACUUCAUGCAGCUCAUCAACCACCCCAACCUGAACACAAUGGACGAGUUCUGUGAACAAGUGUGGAAAAGGGACCGGAAGCAACGCCGGCAAAGGCCCGGGCACAGCCAAGGGAACAAUAACAAAUGGAAGCACUUACAGGAAAACAAGAAAGGUAGAAACCGGAGGACCCACGAAUUUGAGAGGGCACCCCGGAGUGUCUGAGAUGCAUUACCUUUAGAAACCUCAAACAAAUAGAAACUUGCUUAGACAAUAACUGGAAAAAAAAAAUGCAAUAUACAUGAACUGUUCUCAUGGCAUUAUGUGGAUGUUUACAAUGGUGGGAAAUUCAACUGAGUUCCACUAAUUAUAAAUUAAGUCCAUGACUAACUUUCCUAACAGGAUUUCUUCCUAAUACCAACACCUACUAGAGGUUACAGGUCAAUGCAGACGUGCACUCGAGCAGACUUAUCAUUUCCUAAAAGAUUUCAUUGUACAGGUUCCGCUUUAUUUGCCUGAGAAAUAAAAAUGUCAUUUGCCAUGUUGCCAUCUACAGAAGAAAAACUGCAUCAGCAAAGCCAUUUUAUUGAACUAAAAGUAUAAAACAAACUGCAUGGAUUUACUACGCUGAUGUAUAUUCAAAAAUGUGGUUGGAUUCAAGGAUAUUUUUUGUCUCCCAACCCUUUUGUUUAUAUGUACUGGAGAAGUAAAAUGAUCCUGAAUGAAACGGUCUGUGGAAAUAUAAAAAACAUAAACCAUCCAUCAGCCAGAAGAACAAUGGGAUAUACUGAUCUACUACUGAUGUCUUCUUUCAGCUUUGAUCUGAAGAUGUAUUUUAUUAAAGCUAUAAUUUAAAUGUACCAUGACAAAUAUGCAGUAUAAAUUAGUUCUUUUCUAAGCUAGAGUAGGUUUUGUCUGAGAAAGAGUGUGCUAUACAGUUUUUGUUUGAAAAAUUCCACUGUGUGCUGCUUUAAUUUGUUUGUUUUCAGUUCUUUCAGAGGGAUUGCUGGUAUUGUUUUAGAAACACAGACACGUCCUUAAUAACUAUUUUCUAAACCUACUUAUAAAUGAUUCUUUAGUUUUCCAGGGUGAUUAAACAAGUAGAAGUCAUUCACACCUUCCCUUUCUUAAGUAUUAUCUAAAUUAAUUUCAAAUCGCAUACUGUUUUCAUAACAAUAACAACAAGGCCUUUAACUAGGAAAAAGGGGUGGGGCAGGAACCGAUUGGUUGAAUGCAUUUUAUUGCUUCUAGUGGAUCGAUGGGUAGAAAAUUAACUGCAUAUGUCAUGAAACUAAAAAAGCAUCGUGUUAAUAUAGUGUUAACAGAAAUGGUCUAUUCUGUGCUUGAAUUCCUCCAUGAUAUUUGAGACUUGGAAACUCUCUCGUGCCUGAUUUCAUUGGGAAUUACAUCUGUAUAACAAUAUAUUUUUAAAGGAGAGGGACCAUCUAUAAUAAUGAAGCAAAUAUCAGAAAGGCUAAAUUUCCAACUCUGUUUACAUCUGUAUCAAUCAUUCCCCAAAUGCCCCCUUAUCACACCCGUCGACAGUUAUCUGGCUAAAGAACACAUCAUUCUUCUUCAUGUCAACAGGAAUGGCUUUUAUGUCAACUGUUGUCUAAGACAGAGCCCACACGUAAACGAUGUAAAACUCUUCACCCUCUGCAACAACUUCUAAAUUGCUGUGAAAGAUGAUUAGUUAAGGGCCUGUCUGCUCUUUUGUUCUGUGGUGACUCACGGAUAAACCGUGAUUCAAGAUACAGAAGACCUUCAGCAUUACAGUACAAUUUUGUUUGCACUUUGUUCUCCUUUCCAGGAAUCCCUCCUAAGGUCCUUCAUCAUGAACCCAAAAAAUGCAAAGAAACAUCUUAUUGCUAAUUAAUGAAGCAUCAUUAAAGUGCUAACUCUAGCUGUCUUGGGAUUCUAAUUAACUCAGCAUUAAUUUCUCACCUCAGCCUCCAGUGAAUUUUUUAAAACUUCUUUCAGCUGGAAGAGUUCACAGAUGCAAGCUCUUGUUUCAGUUUUAAUGAUUCCUUUGAAUAAACCAUUUGUUCGUGUUUCUUUCAAAUUAAAAAGCCUAGAAAUAUUCUACAUUCAAUUUUAAGCUCCAUUGACUAAUAUAGUAUUGCUUUUAGAAUUACAUUCUCAAGCAAAAGCCAACUUGUUAAAUUAUUUGAAGGGUACACUCCUUUACAAAAUAAAAGUAUUUGAAAAAUAAUUGAAAGAACAGUGAUCCCAAAUAGAUCACUCUUGAAUACAUAAAGUAUCUUAACUGUACUAUAAUGCAGUGUUGCAUUUUAUUCUGAUCAUGCAGCUGAAACAAAUUUAUUUUCGAUAACAGAAAUAAUUUAUUUCUUAUUAGUCUUCAAAAAUAAAGGAUUAGAAAGGUUAUUGAUUGUCUGAUAGCUGAAGGGAUGCCUUUCCAAACCUGAAUGCAUUUUAUUUAGCAAUAUAAAAUACUAAUAUAAAGUGAUUUUUGAUUAAAACCACAGACACAAACAUACCUACUUGCAUGCUAUUGUAAACCAUCUAAGUUUUCGAAGAAAAUGAAAGCUAUAACUUGCAAGCAGAAAACUCACUUGUCAUAACCUUCUGCCAAAGAGUAUUGAGAGGGGCAGUCUGCACGGAACAUAGCCAAGGUCCCAUGCAAUUCAUUGUCUCCGUCUUUGGCAAAUGCAUGUAUCAUCAGAAGUGAAACUGUGUGGGGAGACUCGCAUGACCUUAAGCAAAGUAUGACCGCAAUCACGAGACAGGAAAAGGGAUGUCACAGUAGGAAACUCACGGCCCAGCUGCAAUCAAAUGUAAUAUGUAAGCGCAUGGAAAAGCACACUUAAAGCUUCUUUGUAUGUAUUAUUUAGUGAUUUUCUUUGGUAUGUGCUUAAUAGCUUAAUUUUUGCUACCCACACCUUAGGAAAAAGAGAUGUAAAUAAUGUUGAAAAGAAGGGUAAGAACAGUGUAAAGUACAACUCUUUAUAGUUACUCCAUUUUAAUGUGUUCAACAUCAUGCUAAAAUGCAAGAUUUCCCCCCCAUAGGUGGCAAGGUGGAUUAUGUGUUAUUUAAGGGCAGGUGUGUAUGCCCAUUCACUAAGCAUGUUUCUUGCCAGGAAGUAGGUAUGUUCCAUAUCUGUAUUUAUCACUGCCUUUCAGAUGGGAACUAGAACUGGAGAGAGAAAAAUAUGUAAUGAAACUGCUGCUGUACAUCAUUUCUUUUAGCAUGUAUUCAGUUGCUAAAUACACAUUUCUUCAAAA